AACCGCCACGCCCCCUCUCCGGCCUUCUAUGGUGCCGGUUUCAGUUCGCACUGCGCCUGCGCUGAACUGUCUUCGUCUCUAGGUUAGUGAUGGCGGAGGGCGCUGCGGGGUGUGAGCAUUACUUGCGUUCCUGUCUGCUCAAGGCACCAUGCUGUGGAAAAUUUUACAUCUGUCGCCUGUGUCAUGAUGAUGCAGAAAAUCAUCAGCUUGAUCGCUUCAAGGUCACUGAAGUUCAGUGUGCAAAGUGUGAAACAGUUCAGAAGGUUCAACAGAGCUGUGAAAGCUGUAAAACUAUAUUUGGGGAAUAUUACUGCGACACGUGUCAUCUGUUUGAUGUGGACAAGAAACAGUACCACUGCCCAUCUUGUGGUAUAUGCAGGAUUGGGCCAAAGGAUGAUUUUUUCCACUGUGUGAAGUGUAACUUGUGUCUAGCUACUCAUCUCCGUGGGAACCACAAGUGUGUUGAAAAUGUUUCACGACAGAACUGCCCAGUAUGCAUGGAGGACAUUCAUACGUCUCGUAUUGGUGCUCACGUCCUUGCCUGUGGGCAUCUUCUUCACAAGACUUGCCAUGAAAUGCUGUUUAAUAAAGGAGCCUAUCGGUGUCCUUUGUGUAUGCAGUCUGCGACGGACAUGAGUAAGUACUGGGAAGAGCUGGAUGCAGAAAUCGCUCAGACACCAAUGCCAUCUGACUAUCAGAACAUGGUUGUUAAGAUCAUGUGUAAUGACUGUCAGCUCCACAGUACUGUGCCAUUUCAUGUGUUGGGUCUGAAGUGCAGUGGGUGUGGAUCGUACAACACUGCCCAGGAUGGAGGACUAAUCACUCUGCAGCAAUGAUACACAGCCCAUAUUCUGUAGAAUGUGCAAUUAAACUCUUAAAAGUAGGCUUGCGAUAUCUCAUUCCUUUGGACUAUUUUUCAACCAGCAAUCUUGAUUCUAAUUGAUUCAGAAACCAGUCAUACUUUUCAGCUCUUCAGCAGUAUGUUCUGUUAUUGUCUCCGUUUCCUAACAAUUUCCUGCCUUUUACAAGAGCCAAUUAUUGUAUUUAGAAGAAGUGUUCUUAUUGUUCGUCAUAAUGUUCUGUAAGAUGCUUUAUUUUGGACAUCUUCAUGACCUAUAAUUUUGGCUAUUGGAAAAAUCUCUUUCAGUCUGCAAUUCAAAAUUUCUGAUGCAAGUUUUCCAUGUCUCUUUAUUCUUUCCAAGAGUACCUAUGUUGGCAACAUACUCUAGAAAUAUCAGAAGAUCUUUUAAGAAUGAUAAAUGUAUAACACUUAUUCUAAGGUGACUUUAGUUUACUCCUCUGUGACAUUUGAAUGCUGUAUUGUUUUAUACAAUUUCCUCUGUGAUUUUAACAGGACCAUUUUGGGUUACACACUUAUUGACACAGCCCAGUAAUUACAGGUGACCCAUUCAUAGUGUGCUACCAACUUGGUUAGAGCUAACAUUAGCUCAGUGGGUAGCACAUCUUCUGUUGAGUCAGGAGGUUCAAACAAAAAAUUAGGCUGACGUCACAAAUGAGAAAAUCUGCAGCAGCCAGGAAGCCAAGCAACACACACAAAAUGCUGGAGGAACUCAGCAGGCCAGGCAGCAUCUGUGGAAAAAAGUAUUGUCAAUGCUUCUGGCUGAGACCCUUCAUCAGGCCCAGUUUAGUAGUAAAGGAGUGCAGCACUGUCAAAGGUGCCAGUUUUGAAAUUAACUGUUGCCUAAUCAGAUCUUAAAAAGUGUCUUGUGGCAGUCUUGAAGACCAGCAAGGGCAUUCUUUCUCCUCAACCAACAGCUAAAAUAUUUAAUUGCUAUGUGAAAAGUAUACACCAUAUUUCCUCCAUUUUAUCAGUAAUUCAAAAAUACUUCUUUGGCUUCAAAGCUGUUUAAGAUUUUCUGACAUCAUGAGAAGUUCUAUAAUAAAUGAAAGGGAUAAUAGUUACCACAUGGAGUGUAUAUAUCCUGGAAAUGUAAUUGGAGUCCAUAGAUCUGAAAUGUGCCUAAUACAUCAGAUCCCAGCUACUUUCAUUAUCUCCUGGUAACAUUUUGAUUUGGUGUGAUUGCAGGGACAAGUGUACAAAUUAUUUAAGCUGUCAUUUAACCAGAUGGAUGUGAAUCUCUAUGGAUUGUAUUUAUUGCCCAAAACUCAAUAUUAUGUUUUAACCUUAAAACAAUUGUGUUGCUUUCUUAUUACUUUAUUAUUGUCACAUGUACCAAGAUAGAGUAAAAAGCUUGUAGGCAAUCUUCUUCACUGUCCACUAUACAUUGAUUUUAUUUUUUACAUAUACAUACACAUACAGAGACACACACCCCUACCUAUUAGGCAAUACAUUACGUUUCUUUGGAAGGACAUACAGACUUUCUUACAGAGGACAGUGCAAUUGAACUCUGAUGCCCAAGCUGUAAUAGGAUUGCACUAGCCACUACACUACCAGGCUGCCCCAUUUUGUGAAUAGUAUGUCUAUCAUUCCAAAUGCCUCAUUUCAGCAGGUAAUACAGCUUUAUCUCCUCGUCCUCGUGUACAACAGCAGUGAGAACUUUGGUUUUAACUGUGCAUCUUGGUCUUUUCAACUGCUAGAUGGCGCCGGUAUCUUACAGAACAGAUAGACAAUGCCUAGGAUUUAGGUGCCCAUUCACUACAAUGGAAGCAGACGAUGUAUGAAAAGUCAAUGUGGAGUUUAUUGUCAUAUACACAGGUGCCAUUAUAAACUUGCAGCAGUAUCACAGACACAUACCAUCACAUAAGGGUAUUCACAAGUGAAGCAUAAACAUAAAUUGUGCACAAAUUUUAAAACAAAAGAAUUAUAACAAAAACAAAGUCAUUUGGUCCAAAGUGGUAUAGUGUUGCUAUACUAAGGUAAUGUUUAAGGUUUUGGUUGGUACAAGAACUGAAUAGUUGAAAGGAAGUAGCUGUUCUUGAACCUGGAUGAUGGUGAGCUUUGAUAGAUGUUGCUUUCUUGAGUCAGUACCUCCUAUAGAUACUACUCUGCGCAGCCUCUUAAAUUCCUGCACAUUGGAAGUGCUCUACCAGACCAUGAUGCAACUAGUCAACAGUACAUCCGUAAAAGUUUGUCAGUGUUCGGUAACGAGCUUUGCUGGGUUUGAGUGUUCUGUCAGUGUAAUUUCACUUUAAAUUGUAUGAACUACAAACGUGUGUAAGAUAAUCAACACUGAAUAAUGAUGGAGUAGAUGAAAUUAUGCAAUAGAGAAAUAUACUAAUUAUUGCCUGGAGACGACAACUCUCCCUCCCACCCAAAUUCUUCUCCCCCAUCCGACUCACCUCUUCACCCCACCUCACGACCAACUCCCCUCUCACCCCUCUCCUCCCACCAACUUUCUUCCCUCCCUCCCUGCUGUCUCUCUUUUCCUUUUCCUACUCCAACUCUCCCUUUCCAAAAGGUUUCACUCUUCACUUUCCUGGUGAUGCUUUUUCACUGACACUGAAACCUACUGGGUGUGGACAGAACACUGCCCUGCAAUUAUUGUCCAUUUCCUAGUGCUGCUGCUUUGAUUUCACAACUAGAACACGUGAAGCCAUCAGUAAAUAUUGGAAUGACUAAGCUGCUGAUGUAUCUUUAUCACUAAAUAAGUAGCAGGAGUCAGAGUUGUACCGAAUGGAAAGAGGCCUUAUGGCUUUACAUGUCCAUUGCCAACCUAGUUGCCUAUGUGAGCAAAUUCUAUUUCCCUAGAUUUGGCCCGUAUUCCUACUGUGUACCUGUCCAAAUAUCUCGAGGACUAGAAUAUAAAAGCAAGGAUGCAAUGCUGAGGCUUUAUGAAGCACUAGUGAGGCCUCACUUAGAGCAGUUUUAGGGCCGUUAUCUUAAAAAAGGAUGUGCUGACAUUGGAGAAGGUUCAAAGGAGGUUCACAAGAAUAAUUCUGGGAUUGAAAGGCUUGUCUAACGAGGAGUGUUUGACAGUUCUGUGUCUUUACUCAUGGGAAUUCAGAAGAAUGAGGGGUGACCUCAAUGAAUGUUGAAAGGCCUCGAUAGAGUGGAGAGGAUGUUUCCUUUGGUGGGAGUAUCUAAGAUCAGAAGACACAGCCCCAGAAUAGAGGAAUACCCUUUAAGAACAGAGAUAAGGAGGAGCUGCUUUAGCCAGAGAGUGGUGAAUCUGUGGAACCCAUUGCCACAGCCAGCUGUGGAGGCCAAGUCAUUAGGUAUAUUUAAGGCAGAGGUUGAUAAAUUCUUGAUUAGUCAGGGCAUGAAGGGAUACAGGGAGAAGGCAGGAGAUUGGGGCUGAGAGGGAAAAUGGAUCAGCCAUGAUGAAAUGGCAGAGCAGACUCGAGGGGCCAUAUGGCCUAAUUCUGCUCUUGUAUCUUAUGGUCUUAUGGAACUCAUUUUGGCAACCAAACCAGAAGACAGAUGAGAAUGUUUUGUGACAAAUGCUUUAAUGUAAAAUGUGGUAUUUGAAAAUGCAGUGGAAGCAGUUUAAACUAAAUUUGCUUUUUAAAGAUGGAAAUUAUGCAUUUGGAGAAAGACUGGUGGAGGUGGGGUGGUGAACAAAUAAAUGAUUGAUGGAAGAGAGUUUGACAGUGCCAGUGUAGAAUGGAAGGGCUAAAUGGGUUCUCAGCACCUGAUUCUAUGACAUUGUGAUGGUUGGAGAAUGACUGAAGGAGUGAUGGUGGUUGGGCAGUGUAAUAAAGGGACAAGUCUGGAAAAAUGACUCAGAAUAGCCAGGAGUCCCACACGUGGCUAAUUGAACUCCUUACACAAUCUGGAUGUAGCAUGGAAACAGGCCCAUUUACUCUCUGCUGCCGUUUGUGCCUCAUUAAUGCUCCUUCCUUUGACUUUUCAGCAGUUUCUGUGUGACCUGGAGCCUAUUCAGUCUGUCAAAGGAGAGUAUCCUAACUAUUUGUAUCACAGGCUGGUAUAGAACCAGUAAUGCCCAGAAACGGAAAGGCUUCAGAAAAUGAUAGAUGUGGCUCAGGCCGUCACAGGCAAAGUCCAUCCCACCGUUCAGUACAUUUACAUAGAGCACUGUCACAAGAAAGCUGAAUCCAUCGUCAAAGACCCCACCAUCCAGACCAUGUCCUCUUCUCACUUCUACCAUCAAUCAUCCAGGAGGUAAAGAAGCCUUGGGUUCCGCAGUUAUUACCAUACAAGCAUCAGGCUCCUGAGCCAGCAUGGAUAGCUUCAGUCACCACUAUUAACAGAUUCUGUGCCCUGCAGACUCACUCUCAAGGACUUGACAUCUCAUAGUUUUAGUAUUAUUUUUAUUUGCUAUUUGUCUUUUGCUUAUUGGUGCUUGUCUAUCUUUAUUUAUGUGUAGUUUUUUUGUAAAAUUUUAAUGUAUUUUUUGUAUAAAUGCCUGUAAGAAAAUGAAUCUCAAGAUAGUA